AAGCGUCACGAACUGCGUGGUGACGUUGUGCUGUGCGGAAGUGGACGGAGGGACCUGGCUCUAGUGAAGCGAGUGUUUAUCGUGUUUUUAAUGUAAAUUAAAUGAAAAAUAAAUUAAUAUUAAAGAGUUUCUGUGUGAAUAAGCGCAGCGGAGAGACUCAGAAAGGCGGACUGAGAUACUGAGAUACUAAAACACGCGGAGUUUCUGCAGAAAAACCUACAAUUCGCUAUACUUACAGUAUCGAGUUUUAGUACAAUUGAUAAACAUGACGCCCUUUAUUUUAGCCUCAUGAGUUUCGGAGGAGACCCCUGCAUCCUCGCUCAGCUGCCUGUGGUCCCAAAUGAAUCGUAAUGGAGUGAGAUCGUGAAGAAGACGAAGACCCACAGGUGGGGUGAAUUAGGAGCUCUCCCGAAGCACUCAAACCUUUUCGCUUGUGCUCCACCAUGUUUGUGACGGCGUACCUUGCGUUCGUGGCGCUGGCGGUCCUGUGCGCGAGUCUGGAGCUCACGGCGCGGCGCCUCAAGUCGCCCCAAGCCACUCAGGUGGCGGUCGCCAACCCAGCUUUCCGACGCUUCCAGAAGAUCUUCCUGAAAACCUACCUGCUGGCUCUGUGGGCCGAUUGGCUGCAGGGGCCGUACCUUUACAAGCUCUACCGCCAUUACAGCUUCCUGGAGUCGCAGAUCGCCAUCCUGUACGUCUGCGGUCUGGCCUCCUGCGUGCUGUUUGCUCCUGCGGCUGGCUGGCUCUCCCAGGCUCUCGGGCGGAGGCAGACCUGUGUGCUUUUCUGCUUCACCUACUCCGUCUGCUGCCUCACCAAGCUCUCCCGGAACUAUUUCGUACUGAUCCUGGGUCGUGUGCUUGGUGGACUCUCCACUUCUCUGUUGACCACCGCUUUUGAGGCAUGGUACGUGCACUGUCAUAUGGACGUGCACGAUUUUCCAAAAGAAUGGAUUCCUGUCACGUUUAGCAAAGUCGCAGACUGGAACCAUGCCCUGGCGGUGGGUGCUGGACUUGUUGCCAACAUGUUUGCGGAGUGGUUCGAGCUCGGACCUGUAGCCCCUUUCUUGCUGGCCAUCCCCAGCCUGGUUGCUUGUGGUUGGAUGGUCUUGUCUGAAUGGGGGGCAGAAGAAAAGCUUGAUAGAAGAGAAGGUGACCGGAAUGGUCCACUGCUUGGUCCUUUAAACCCCUCUCAGAUACGCCUAUCAGCUCAAGCUCGCUUCUGUCGCAACUGUUUGGAAGGCCUUCGAUGUCUCCUCUCAGAUCGUAGAGUCCUGCUGCUAGGCGGAGUGCAGGCCAUCUUCGAAAGCGUGCUCUAUAUCUUUGUUUUUCUCUGGACUCCAGUUCUGGAACCUCACGGUCCUCCUUUAGGCAUCGUCUUCUCCUGCCUGAUGGCGGCCAGCAUGGCCGGUUCAGCGCUCUUCCGCCUGGCGACGUCGGCGCACUACCGGCUGCAGCCUGGUCACCUGCUGUGCUUGGCGGUUCUUCUGGCGUUCUUCUCCUUCUUCAUGCUAACCUUCUCUACAGCUCCAGGUCAGCCCAGGCCUAAGGAGUCCCUCUUUGCGUUCCUGCUCCUGGAGUUGGCCUGCGGGCUCUACUUCCCGGCGGUGAGCUUCCUCCAGGGACGGGUGAUCCCCAUGGAGCGAAGGGCCGGGGUUCUGACCUGGUUUCGCCUUCCUCUGAACUUGCUGGCCUGCCUGGGGCUGCUGGCCCUCCACGGCGAGGUCUCGGGCACCGGCGGAGGGGAGGCGGGCAGCGGCACCAGACACAUGUUCGGAGGAUGUGCCGCCAUGAUGCUGGCGGCCCUGCUGGCUGUGGUUAGUCUUUUUACCUUCGGGAGAAACGACGCAGACCUCCGGCUCGAAGAGACUAAAGGAGAGGGGGAGAUUUAAACAGAACGAGGACGGACUACAGCAAAAAGACUAUAAAAAGACAAUAAAAUUACUUGAAAUCCAAAUAAUGUUGAAUGAAGCGCUGGACUACUUAGCAUUUGCCAAGAUGUUACAUCCAUUUUUUUUUAUUUCAGGGAAGGUCUUUUGCUGCAGUAUCAUUGCUUUUUAGGACUUAAGGUGAUUUCUGUGAUAGAAAUAAAAAAAAUAAAAAAACAGAUUUCAGGUAUAAUAAUGGAAUAUAAUGGAGUUUGGGGAGAAAAAAAAAUCAAUGGAUUUCAUAGGGCUGUUUUUGUUUUUGCUUACAUUACAUAGAUAACAAUGUUCAAUAUUUAUUCUUUAAAGCUGGCUGUUAAAAACAUGUUUGUGAAAUGCUUAUCAUUUCUAUAACUUGUCACAGACAUUUGUUUCUAUUUUUAUUUUAGUUUUUGAUGAUUUCUUUUCAUUAUAAUACAAGCGAGUAAAUGUAUAUGUCUUCGAAAAUCUUCGAAAAAAAGUUGAUUCUAUUCUUUUCUGUUCUGUUGAAUAUCUUGGAAAUAAAAAUGAAACUGGUCAAAUUCUGA